GGCCGAGGUAUUGCCAGCUGAUGAGAUACCUCCUGAUAUUUAUUUAAAAUGUCAUAGUAAACAAGUGAAUUCUAUUGUAAUAUGUAUACUGUGUGAUAAUGCCUUUCAUAAAAGUGAUUUUAAUAGGAAAAAAGGCGUUAAAUAUGUGUCGCCAACUUUAGUGAUCUGCGAUGAACACAAAGGUCUCGACCUAACCUCAACUAGCCUGGAUAAUCCUAGAGAAAUGAUUGCUAAAUACAAGGAAGAUUUAUAUAAUAUGAAUAAGCAAUUUUCAAAGGUUAAAGCCCAUUAUAAUAGUCUCAAAGAAAAAUAUGAUGCAAUGCUAGAAGUAAACCACACCAAUAACUUACAAAGUAAACAAACAACUCUAGUCAAUAAAAACGAUGCAUCUUUAACCCAGAUUGAUGAAUUGCAAAGAGAUAAUAAUGGUCUCAGGGUUUUAAAUAGCGAACUUAAAGAUAAAAAUAAUAUCCUCAAAGAGCUAAAUAUGGAACUAAAGGAAAAUAACGGUCUUUUAAAGGAAAAGAUGCUUACACAGCCUCAACAGGUACCAGAUUAUGCCUAUGUAACUACUUUUGGAAAAACAAGCCUGAAAAAAAAAUAUACCUAGUAUUGUUAUUCAAUCGCAAAACAACAAAAACUUCAAAGAUCUGGUACAGGAAACUAAGAAGGUGAUCUGUGACAAUACGAAAGUACCUGUUGAUAUGUUUUAUGUAAAGGAUAGGGUUAUAGUGAAGUGCAAAAAUAUAGAUGAUGUGAGCAAAGUUGAAAAUAAGUUAAGGAAUGAUUUAGCAGGAGGUGCAAAAAUUGAUGUUCAACAAAAACAAAAUCCCAAGAUCAAGGUAAUAGGAAUUGAUGAUCAUAUUGAAGGUAAAAAUAAUAGCGAUAUAGAGGCAGAUAUAUGUGAGAGAAAUGGUUUAAAAGCAAAUAAUGGAUCAGUAAAAAUUGUACAUAAAUAUAUAAAUAGAAAUAAUAAUACAGGGUCCUUGAUUCUGGAAACAAAUUCAAGUGCCUAUGCGAUGAUCAUGAAAGAAAAAAAAGUAUAUAUAGGCUGCCAAAGAUGUAAUGCUUUU